AUGGCUCUGUUCUCUCCGAAUGAGGUUCCUGCUAGCAUCGGUGCUGAUCAAAGGCCUUCUGCUACUGGAUACGCGAAGGGGCGAAAGAAAUGGAAGUGGUGGUCAAAUAAGAGAGAGGAAGAGAACGAGGCUAUUCAGAGACAGAAGGGUGACGUGGCGAUCUCGCUGCCUGAGGCCGUGGGUGAAUCUCAACAUUUCGGAUAUGAAACACGCUAUGUCGUUGACAUCUAG